AUGGUUGCUACCUCCUUCGUAGACAUGAGAAGGCUAGAACGAACCAUCGACUCUGCAUGCCAACUAGGCUUCGACUACGUGGAUGGUGACCUGACUUGUAUGGGGUAUAAACUCAUCUACGUCGAGCGCCUCCGCGAUUUCCAUGUCCCCAAUCAUGUUCGGGACGGCCGGUCUGGAAGUGAACAAGUUGAGAUGCAAGAUGACAUUCGGCGCAAGUCGUGGUUUGCCGCGCAGUCAGAAUUUUACGAACUUCGACUUGGCCAUGUGGAGACGAAGACUCUUCGCAAUUUGCGCAAUGAUUUGGUCGACCUAAUCGAUAUGGAUGCGUGCGACUAUCUCGGAAAAUCAACAGCACCCGUUGAGAGGGUUUUCUUGAAGAAGGAAGAAAUAGAGGGAAAUUGA